AGAAGUUCAUCAGAAAGAACAAUAUCAGAGGGGCAAAGAAUGCAUCUUCUGAACAAGAUCCCAAAUGUUCAAGAUAAAGUCCAUCAAUUUUUAGUAGAUGGAAUAAUCAGCAAGCAACUUGCAGAAAAUGGCAGUCUGCUAUCCAUUAAAGAUAAAUGUUAAAUAAUGUCAAUAUUGAUAAUUUAUCACAUUCAAAAUACAAUUAUGUAUUUUAGUCCAAUUUAUUAUAUGGGGUUAUCGAUUAAAGGAACCAUACACGCAAGCCUAUAAGGACACAACCCUUCUAGGAUUUAGUCACAUAGUAACCAGUGACACGUUAGUGCAGACUUUCACUAUAGAUAGCUUCAAAAUUAUAUCAGAAGAAGAUAACCAAAAGUAGAUCUAGCUCUCCCCUGGUACUGAUUAUACAGCUACUUAUGUUUGGAAUGAAAUAUGACAUAGCACUGGCAGAGGCUUUUUUGGUUCCAUCUUCACAUUCCAAAGCAUGCUUUGAUUUCAUGGAUGGCUAUCCUAAAUAGAUUGCCUACCAGAGACAGGCUGCUGUCCUGGGGAAUUUCUGUUAGAAGUGAAUGUGCGCUAUGUAACCAAGAUCUGGAGACCAGAUAUCAUUUGUUCCUUUCUUGUGACCAUUCCAAGCAUAUAUGGAAACGUGUGCUGCAAACCUGUGCAAUUCAGAGGGAUGUUGCUUACUGGAAUGGAGAUUUACAUUGGGCAGUUCACAGACUCAGAGAGAAAGCUCUAAUCUCAGUCAUCCUACACAGAGCUUGGAGCGCUUUUGUCUAUUAUUUUUGGAGAGAAAGAUAUAACAGAGUUAAUGUGCAAGCUGCAAGUUUGGGUUCCAAGGUUCAUAAAUUAAUCACAGAUGCUAUGUGUCUUUAUGGUUAG